GAGUCGCAGAUGGAAUUGGUAUUUUCUAUCGUGGAUGAUAACAAUUGCUAAUUGUCCGCUUUAUUUCGUGGGACAAUCUCUGUUAUUGUGAAUCUGAAACGUUUUGACCAGACGUUAUGUCAGGUUAUGGAAACAGCAUGUUGAACAACAACAACAGCUACAACUCUAUGGAGUGUAAAAUUGUUUAGAUAUGUAUAUGUGUGUACAGCUUCUUGAAUGACUAUUUGUGUAGUAAUUAUGUCACUUACUAGAGUUAAUCCGUAAACUUAGAUAAUUCGGUUUAGGAUAUGUAGUUUAUCCUUGUGUGAAAAUAUUUUUCUCCAGCUCAGUCGUUAAUUGUCAUUAGCAAUGCCUGGAUCAGGAAAUAAGAAAGGGGCACAGAGAACCAAGGGCAACUUGAAGCCAUCAAGCAGUAGUCAGGCAGCUGAAUUGUUGGCAGCAGCAGGAGGUGGUGGAUUUCACACUGGUUUCAUUGGGUUUGGGGGUGGGGCUGGUGCUGCAGCAUUCGUUCCAGUGAGUCAAGCCUUGGAAGAUGAGGACAGUGGACUAGAUCCAACCUUUAGAGUGACUCUGAGGAAAUUGUCUAAGAGGGAUGCUGUAACAAAACUCAAGGCAUUGCAAGAAUUCAGUGCCCUGUGUGCGGACACCAGUGAAGAAGCAGUCAAGGCUGCACUGCCAUUCUGGCCCAAGAUUUACAACAAAGUAUCCGUGGAUGUUGAUCACAAAGUUCGUGAGGCAUCUCAACAGGCAAUGGCGGCUAUUGCCUCUCGAGUUGGGCGUAAUCUAGCCCCUCACCUGAAAAGCAUUAUGGGAUGCUGGCUGCUGUGUCAGUGUGACACCUACCCGACAGUUGCCACAGCAGCGCAGCAAGCCUUCAGUUCAGCAUUUCCUCCAGCAAAACAAAGUGAUGCCAUAGUGUACUGCAAAGAAGAAAUUGCAGAGUUUCUUCUUGACAACCUUACUGUCCAAACGUCAUCAACAUUAAGUGAUCCAAAAACAUCUAGCCCUGAGGACAUGGAGAUGAAGUAUAACCGUAUGGUCACAUCAUCAUUAUUGGCCUGGAGGAAGCUGUUGGAGACCCUUCCAGCCUCCCAACACGGCAGAGUGCCUGCAACUCUCACACAACUCCUCAACAACCCUAAACUGUGGAAACUCAGCAAGUCAUCUGUCACAGCGAUAAAAGCAGCUGUGUACAGUUUCAUGUCUGGGGUUUGUCAGUGCCAAACUGAGGUGGCUGUCCAGUUCACCAGCAAGCUGGCCCCUCUGGCCCUCCAUAGUGUAGACGAAACUGACAGUGUGUUGUGUGGCCAGCUGUGGGAAGCUGUCCUCUCUGCCAUUACCUAUCUACCGGAGUGCUGGAAUCAUGUGAAUGGACAAAAAGCAUUUUUACCCAAACUUCGCAAACUACUCCAGAAUGGUUGUUGUGGGAAUGCCACAGUGGUUGGACCAAAUAUACUGCCAUUAUUUAGUAAAAUCCCAGAUGAAGUUUGUGGAACCAGGCAAAAAUUGUGGAAAGAUUUGUUUGAAAAUCUCAAACAAGGGCUAUGUACAGAUCAGGUUAGGAGUAGUUCUAGUGAAUGUGGAGCUCUGGUCAGAGCCUUCAUGGAAUGUGCCCAGUACAGUGUGAAACAGGCCCUGGGUAACCCAGAUCAGACGGGCACAGCACAGUUGGUACUGAUUGAUCAGGUGUUACCGCUGAUUGCAGCAUCAUUGGUGGAUGAUCUCCCUGCAUUAUCACGAUCACCUCUCUAUGAAAUGAUUGGUCCAUUGCUCAACUCACUGAACCAAUCAAAGGACAGAAGCGAGGUGGUGGAGUCAUUUACAGCAGAACUCAAAGGCCUGGUUUUAGAAAAUGUCAGAAAGAUGGCAGAGAGUGAGAUGUCGGAUUUGGAGGAACGAUUAGCGCAUUUGUUGAGAUCUUUGAUAAAUCCAAAGCUGGGGAACAUUUCUAACAUGAGAUCAAAGUCACAGAAAUCUGUCAAAUUCUCCAGUUCUGGUUGUGAUGUUGGCUCCAGUGAUAAUGCCAGUAAGACGUUUCUUACCUGUUCCGACUCAUUCGACAUUAACAAGGUUGUACGGGACAUAAUCACACAGGUGUGUAUGACGAGUUUUACUCUGGCUAAACAGGAACACAGCAGUUGUUGUUUGAGUCUGUUAAGUGUGGUCAUAACGACAUUCCCAGACUCUGAGCUCCUCAGAACCAUCCUUAAUGACUGUGCCUUUGAAACUGAAGACUCGGGUACGUUGUUGCUAGGCGACAACACAGACGCGGUCACAGACCCUGUGCUUUCCUUCAUCUAUCUGCUGUGUGUGCCUUGGGUGGUAGAACUGGAGCAGUCACAUGACCGGUCCAUGAGUAAACCAGGUGUGCUUGUCAGCAUUGGUCAUCUACUGGACAUCUCACUCGUGCUUUUGUCCACAUUGGUCAAGACUGAUGUUCUACAUGUUCUGUUUAGUCUACAAAGGGCUUUACCCAGCGCUAAGUCAUUCCAGCUACUUUUGGACAAGUGUCUGAGGCAAAGGAAACAGAUAGUUGGGAUAUCGGAGUGGUUAAUGAGCUGUGAGCUGGAGGAGAGACUGGUGGACUUAACCCAGGCUGUCUGUCAGAGAAGCCUGGAAGGGGUGGGGACGGAGGGUGAAGAGGGGGUGAGGGUACAGGACAGGGGGAUGGAGGAGCAGUGGGAGCUGAUCACAUCUGUGCUCUCAUCAGCAGAUGGGCAAGAGCCCAUCUUGAGCUCACGGGUAACAGAGAGGAUCCUUGGACAGAUAGAACAGACUCUAGUAAUUCUGGAGAAGAAUCCUUCUGGGAAUAAGCUGGAGACUGCCAUACAUUUUGUCACUGAGGUCAUGCUCAAGUUUUUCUGUAGCCUUAAGGAUUGUCUGCUGGUACCAUCUGCUGAGAAGUUGCUGCUCACCUUGUUCUCAUUAUCACUGGAAGAGACGUUACAUAUCUCAGAGGCAUGCAGUAAGAAACUGGAGGGAUCCUGGCAGUGUGGGGUACAGGUGUUAGUACAGCAGAGGGGAGGGCUCAUCUCCGACCAGGGCUUCCUGGUGUCAGCAUGUCACACAGUCAGUCACAGAUUGGUCCACAAAGUGCAGUCUCUAGCCAGCCUGGAGCGUAUGUGCCAUGUAGUACAGCUUCUCCUGACAACAAUCAGAGGCAGUCUGCCAAACACCGAGCUGACAGACCCCACACUCCAGAACCUCAUGAACAGGAUGAUGUACACAGCUACUGACAUAUCGUUACCACAGCAGAUUGUAAAGUAUAUGGCUGUGAAAGAGGACCUUGUUUCCAUGGAGACACCACUAGCCUUCUCUCAGGUUGAUAGAAGUGCAGCAAACUCUAUCCAAGGAGUUAUCUACCCUGCUUUAUUUUCUGCCAGACUAUUACUGUUCUCCAAAACAGGAGAGUUCUACCAAGCCAUUCCCAAGUUCAGCAGCUCAUCCAACACUGUUAAGGAGGACAUGCAAUUUGGGGUGUUAGAAUAUAAAGAUGGAGACAUGGAAAAGGUUUAUCAGGCUAUUUACAACUUGACCCUGUCAGAAAUAUGGAGCCAGGCAUGCAUAUCUAAGGGAUGCGUGUAUGAGGAAGAGGUGAAGGAACAACAGGGCAUAGUGGAGAGACUUCUACUUGGGACUGAUCUGGUGCAAAGGAAUGCCCUCAUCAGCCAGGCUGUAGAGAUAUCUGAUAACACUGGUUGGGUGUCGGCUCUGAGCCUAGGAAAACUGGUUACCAUGAUCAUAGACCUUUAUCCAGAUACUGAGUUCUCUCCCGCUGGAUUGGUUGACAGAUACAGCACUCUAACAAUCAGUAAGGUACACAGCCUUCAAGUGUGCGCGCCUUACCUUCCUACUAAUGAACAAGUACAGGUGACAGAGAUAAUGGUUGCCAGAGUCAUCAGUUCUCCCGAGGAUGAAUUAACACACCUGGAUGGUGCUGUUGGUGCCUUGGCGGUUGUGAGGGUAUUGAUCACCAGUAUGGCAGUAGAGCCGUCCACAGUGGACCUCCUGAAUGGCCUUAUGGAGCAGCUAGUGGUCUGGAGACAGGAGUCAGCUGUUGCACUCAACGGUGACCUUUCCAGUAAAGAGAACACAGCUACCUUGACCUUUAACCUGGAAGUGGUCAGGACUCUAGCAUGUGUCGUGGCAAUACGUCCUGAAGCACUGACUGAUGCAUCAUGGGAUUAUGUAUUAUGCUCAUUGAUUGGCUGGCUUCAGAAUGUGAACGAGAACCAAGAAAACUUGUGCUCAGCCUCGUUUCCAGUACAACAACUGUGCAUUGCAUGCUGCCAUCUGGUGGCCAAAGUAGCAGAAUGUAUCCAGUCAAACACACCUGGGCAUUCGUCCAAACUGCCGGCCAAUCUUUGCACAGAGUGGGAGGAGUUCUUCAGUGAAGGGGCUUACAGUAUCCUGCUACCACUUUUCCUAAAACUGACAGGUGCUCCCCUAUACAAGGACUGUAUUGGAUUGAAUGCUGUGGUCCUCUCAGCAGUCUGUCAUGCUGUGUCAUUCUGCCCCAAGCAGCAAGUCCUGUCCAAUCAACUCCCAGCUUACCUCAUACCUGAUCAGGACUCGGCGUUGUCAAACUCCAUACAGACACUGCUUAAUCAUUUCUGUCCCAUGUUGAUGGCACAUAACAGGAGUGAGCAGAUUGCAGCCUAUUGGACACUAGAUAAGAUCAUAGGGGACAUCCCUAAGCUGGAUUCGGCAGAAGACAGCACGGCUAAGACUGAUGAGGAAGAACCAACUCGUAGCAUGUUGGAAAAUGCCUUCCAUGUGAUUAAUAUUUUUGACUCCUGUUGUACUCGAAGUUCUCCACCGGCAAGCUUGAUGAAGAUUUUGUUUGAUGCUACCCUUGCAAUGGAGGUCAUCUUCAGUGACGUUAUGGUGGAGGAUUGUCUGGAUGUACCUCCUUUGACUGAAGAGUACAACUUUAUUUUUGGAUACUUGUUGUCAUGGAAACUGUUGCUGAAUUUCUUCAAGCAGGCUCCUAGUGAGGUACGACCCCAAUACGCAGCCUACCUGAAGGAGAAGGGAACCGUGCACAUUCUGUUGGACCAUGUCUUCCGCUUGAUGCCUGACAGUCCUGUUCUACUAUCUAACAAAAAAUCUAAUCCAAAAUCGAGGGAAAACAUGUUUGAAGUGGAGCCUAUAUUAUCAGCAUUAGAAUCUUCAGAGAGAGAGCUGCAGCAUGUAGUCUGCUCUGUGUACAGAGAAGUGCUGGAAGUGAUGCCAGCCAUGGCCAGGCAGUGGUGGAAAGAUCAGGAUAGGAAAACCUCAGCUUAUGUAGACAAGUAUACAACCAAGUAUGUCAGCCCCGCUCUAUGUACAUCAGAAAUCCAGACUGUUCAGACGACAGAUGUGAAAUUAAGCAACCUCACUAUCAAAGCGAGAGCAGCGUCAAGGGAGGUAAUAGCCACGUAUGACUUGGAGGAGGUGAAGACAGAGAUGGUUAUCUCCCUUCCUGCUAAUUAUCCACUGGGAAACAUAAGCGUGUCCUCAGAGAAGAGGGUGGGAGUGUCUGCCUCACAGUGGGAGAAGCUGCUUCUACAGCUCAACAUAUUCUUACAGCAUCAGAAUGGCAGUAUCGUGGACGGACUUCAGAUGUGGAAGAGGAACAUUGACAAAAGGUUUGAGGGCGUGGAGGAAUGCACCAUCUGUUACUCAGUGAUACACGGCACCACAUUACAGCUGCCCAGGCUACAAUGUAGGACUUGCAAGAAAAAAUUCCAUUCUGCCUGCCUGUACAAAUGGUUUAACACAAGUCACAAUUCCACGUGCCCACUGUGUCGGAACCUCUUCUAAAAGCACCGGGAAUAUUGGCCAUUUCUGUAAUCGUGAGAGGGAAUUGCGUGGAAGAUUGUCUCUGGCUUGUUUCUGUAUACAAGCAGUUUUGAGAAUAUUAAUCAUGGUGGUAGUCCAUUCUUGAGAGUGAUACACUCUCUAACUGAAAGAAAAAAAAUCAGUACAGCAGCUUGUUUAAUCUUAGGAGGUUAAAAAAGAUGAACCAGAAGGUAAUUUGUGUUUGCAGAUUUGUGUAUUGUAAGAUGUAAUGUUCAUAUUUAAUGUUGUUUGACAAUAAUAGACAACUGUUCCAAAUUUGUACAGACAGAGGCUUAAGAUGAUGUUUUGUAUGUGCAUUUUAAUAUAUGCUGUAUAUAAUGACAUGGUCAGUGACAUAGCUUAUGUUAAGGGUUUUGUUGUACUAUCUGUGGUGGGCAAAUGAAAGGAAAACAAGUACAUGUAUAUUUCAGUUUCAUAUAAAAGU